CUUAACGCUAAACUGCUUCCGGUAUAUCUAUCUCAUCGGCGACCCCUUCCCUCCCCGCUUUUUUCUCCCGAGCCUCAUCAGUAGCUCAACCAUUCUCACCACUUCUCGUGCAAUAUCGUUGCUAGCUUCUUUUAUAAAUUCCUGCCGAUCCACUACUUGGCUAGCCCGGAAGCCCUGUCCCUCGGUCGACGGCUUUCUCUCGGUCGUUCAGCAUCCUUAUAUCUCCUGCGUGUAUAGAUAUACUAAUUUCUACAAGCAAAUCCCCGUUUCCCCAACAAGAAUCUCAGUAGCACGCCCAAAGACGACCCUUUUUGCUCAACUAUAGAUAUUUUGCUUCAAACUAGCCUGGAUGCUAUCCAAAACUUCUGUGACAGCCGCAGGUAAGGCUCAACAACGGGUCAUACAAACUGCGCUGCAUCUCAAGCCUUCUCAGACACAUAACAUGGCGACUCUCAACGCCCCAUCGAAAAGGCAUAAGGUGGCCGUUGUAGGAUCGGGAAACUGGGGUUCAACUAUCGCAAAGAUCGUAGCAGAGAACACAAGGGCGCACCCCGAAUUAUUCGAAGAGGAUGUUCAGAUGUGGGUUUUCGAGGAAGAAGUCACCAUCCCCAAAAACUCGAAACAUUACCCAGGAGACUCCGCCAAACCAGAGAAGCUUACGAGCCUGAUCAACAAAUACCACGAGAACUUCAAAUACCUCCCAGAUAUCCCAUUGCCGACGAACCUUGUCGCCAACCCAUCGGUAGAAAACGCCGUAGAGGGCGCCUCAAUCCUGAUCUUCAACCUACCCCACCAGUUUAUUGGCAGACUCUCCCAGCAAAUGCGCGGCCACAUCCUCCCCUUCGCCCGUGGAAUAUCCUGCAUCAAGGGCGUUCACGUCACGGAUGCAUCAGUGAGUCUCUUCUCGGAAACGAUUGGAAAGGGCUUGGGAAUCUACGUCGGAGCACUGUCCGGUGCCAACCUCGCCACAGAAAUCGCCAAGGAGAAAUGGUCCGAAACCACCAUCGGAUACGACCCGCCCAUGCUGGAUUCUCGAACCCCUACGCCGAGAGGGCCGUCUCCCCAGGCCUCAACCGACGACUUAAAGGGGUUGCAGCACCUUGAUGUACACGGAGAAGUCUCGUCUGUCAAACUAACUCCCUUACCUUCCGACUAUCCUCCUAUAGACCAUGCUCUUUGGCACACACUGUUCCACCGACAAUACUUCCACAUUCGCGUGAUCCACGAUGUUGCAGGUGUCUCUCUCGGAGGCGCACUGAAGAACAUCGUCGCCGUAGCCGCUGGCUUCGUCGAUGGCCGCGGAUGGGGUGACAAUGCCAAAGCAGCUGUCAUGCGUGUCGGCCUACUCGAGAUGGUCAAGUUCGGCAAAGAAUUCUUUGCCGAGACCGUCGACCCAGCCACAUUCCUCGAGGAGAGCUGUGGCGUGGCUGAUCUCAUUACCAGCUGUUCGGGUGGCAGGAACCACAAGUGCGCAAAGAUGUCGGUAGAGGAGGGCCUCUCAAUCAACGAGAUCGAGAAGCGCGAGCUGAAUGGGCAGAAGCUGCAGGGAACGAGCACCGCGUAUGAGGUACACUCGUUUUUGAACAGCAGGGGACUGGCGCAUGAAUACCCAUUGUUUACUGCGGUUUAUAAUAUUUUGGAAGGAAACAACACAGUCGAUGAUAUCCCGGAUCUCAUUUCUAAGCCAGGCGAAUGAGCGAGCGAUUUGCAUUGGACUGGCUGUUCGGUUCAUUUUUGUAUACGCGGGUUUGGGAUGUAUUGCUUAUCAUACACGGCAUUAUAACGAACUUACAAAUGUGUAAUUAUUAUUACCAAAGCUAUUUCUUGGUUAUUACUUGACAGCAUGUGUGAUGAUAGAGAGAGCGCUGGUUACAAAGCAAAUAUAUGAAGCUCAUCUAAG